CAACUACAAAAAUUGUGAUCAACACGUUUUAAUGUAUACUUUGUGCACAAAACAACAAUUGUAAUACAAAAGUAAACAAACGAGGAGGAAAUCUCGCAGGAAAAUGAACGUAGUUACGGAUUUCAAGCCGGUUCCAACGCGUGCCGCUUUAGCAUUACAGCGAAAAAAUCAAUCAAAUGAUUUCCAGGCUAUGGUAUUUGAGGAUCCUGCAAAAUCGCUAAACUCAGCUGGCGAAGAAGCACAAGAUUCGAAGAAGUCAGGUAAAGGUGACUCCAAAAGAAGCAACACUAAAGAUGAAGGAGAGGAGUUCGAUAUCAGGAAAGCACGGAAUGAGGUGCUCAACUUUGCCAUGAAUAACCAGCGGGUUACCAAAAACAAAAAGAAAAUGGAAACGUUCCAGCUCAUCAAAAUGGGAAUGAAGGCACCGAAGAAACCAUACAAAAAUUACAAAGAUUUAUUGGAUGAACGCAAGCGUUUGAAGAAUAUACGAGAGGAAAGAAAGAAAUUCCAUCAGUUGGGCAAAACUCAGACCGGUGCGGCGUCCGUUAAGUGUCGAAGUAAAACAAAGUUGGAGAAACAACAAAAGAAGCGUGCACCUGUAACAGCAAUAGACCAAAAUUAUGGUGUGGUUAAGCCAAAACUGAAGAAAAGAAAAUAAAUUUAAUAAAUUAUUGUACAUAUAUUAAUUUAUUUUUUUUUUUUACAAAUAUUUACAUUGUUAUAACAAACAAAAAUUAUAAAAAAGAUAGUUUUUAUUUCUCCGAUAUUAAAAACAAAAACCGAUACUAAAAAAUCGAUUAUAUAUUUCUGUCACAGUGUAUAGGCUGUCAUUUAUCAGCUGUGAUUACGUGAUUCGCACAAGCAAAGUGAGAUUCGUUUCCCAUUCGCAAUAAUUAAUAGUAAAUAUUAAAUAUGUUCAACCGAUCACGUUCGUUGAGUACUAUUGUACGUCGCGGCUAUAACCAGGCGGCACAGGAUAUGGC